UGUUCAUCCCACCAGGUUACCCGUGACGGCUUCAUGAGGCUGCUCCUUUACCAAGACCACUGGCGUCCUGACUAUUUUGAGAUUCUGGGCUGUCGAAGUAGUAACGAAGGAAAUCUAAACAAUAUACUCGUAAGCUCAGAAAACAGCCAAGACGGCGCAAGGAGCACGGACACUCACUCGGAACGGAACGAGGCCUCUCAUAACGCUUCAAAAGAAUAUGUUCUCAAACACAAAAAAGACUACGAGAUACGAAUUACGCUGUUGUGGGUUGGAGAAAACAUAAAUGACCACGAUAAGGUUCUCGCUGUGUCACGUUUAGAAGAGUGGGCAGAGGCGGAGAUGGUGCCUGAUGUUCUCGUUAUUGGAUUGGGAAAGUGGUUUAUGAAUAAUUUCGAGGAUGAAUUAUCACCCUACACGUACCUGGCCUCCUUCACCCACCACCUGUUGCCGCUCCUACUCCGCCUGUCACGCCGUACCCGUGUUCUCCAGUGGGCACAAAGCAGACUGCGUCACUAUAAUUUUGACUUCUCAGUACCGGAGGCCAAGGUGACAAAGCCCAACUGGCAUAUCAUGUUGCUCAACACACCCUAUACUUAUGGUCUGCCACUGGCAGAUGGUUGCCUCAAGCAUAUACUAAGACCUACUGGUGUGUGGUAUUGGGACUCCACACUCCCUUUCAACCUGGCUAAUUUGAAGGAAUGUGAGACCCUGAUGAAGGGUAACUUGUCACACACCCACCUUUACACAGACCAGUGGUGGAGAUGUUCAGAUGCUCAUCAUGCCUCUUAUGAAACUAACAUGAAUGAGAUGACUAUGCUGUGGAAUCUACUCUGCAACUCCUACAUGGCUGAGAGUUCAAUUUACUGCUGUGCCAGGGAAGGAGUGCCCAGACCAUCAUCAUCUAUACAGCAUUCUCCUCUCUAACACCAACAGUACAUACAUGAACACUUCUAAGAAAUUUGAUAUAGUGUAAUGAAGGUGGAAGGAUGGACUUGAAAAGAAGCUGUUAAGAAUAAGAGUAGAUGAAAUGUACAAGAAUAGCAGGAGAAAUCUUGUAUGUAGCACUAAUUUCCCGCCAUGCAUAAUAAAUGAUGAAUUAUGUAACUAUCAUGUACAAGUUAAGGAUGAUAUUUAAAAAGUUACAACAAAUGAGAACUUGCAUAAUGUAAAGACUUUGAGAUAAGCUUGUGUGAUCUCCUUAUUCACUUUUUUUUUAAUAACAUUUAAAUUAGUUAUUCAUGCUUUUUAUAUUAUUACCCAGCAUCUUUUCCAUAUUCCCAAAGUGCACUCUGUUUCUUUUAAAGAUACCACAACUAAUUAAUUUGAAUUUUGUCCUACAGAUCAGUUCUUGAUUUUCACAACCAAUACCACCAGUUCUAUAAUGCACAAGUGUACCUCACAUUCACUUAUCAUUCUCUUAUUAUGUUUUGGACUACUUACAUACUAUCCUUUCCUUACUUUCCAGGCCUUCCACCCAUGAACCAUGGAUUCUUACACAAGCUGCACACAUCUAUCUAAACAAAAACAUUCCCAAGAUAUGGCCCUUUCAAAAAUGUCUCUGUUCACUCCUGACCUUGCAUUCUCAUUCUGUUCUUACAUAUUCAAGCACUCAGUCUUACCAUUCCCUUGGAGGACAUACUUUUGCACUUACUGCAUGUCAUACUCAAAAGUUAGCUCACUUUCUCACCAAAAGUUACUUUCAAACAGGAAUAACAUCAACAAUAGUAAGGCAGUAUGUCCCUUAACUUAUUCCAAUCAUUUCUAACUCUUGCAACUGUGCUUACUUCUUCAUAGAGGGUUUAGAGAAUAACACUUUACUC